CUCAUUUAUUUUCGCGAAUAUUUUGUGUUCUUUAUCGAUUUUGUUGUAUCGUUUACGUUUAAAAGUGUUUACAACAUUGAGAUUAAUAGUUUUAAGUUCAAGAACGUUAAGUAAAGUGCCUUAAACAAAGUAAAAAUCAAGGAAAUAACUUUCCAACUAUUAUGCGUCCAUCGAGAAUUACAAAAACAACGACAGGUGUAGAAUUUAUGUUUUGAAUGAAGAAGCCUUACAAAUUUAAACAUAUCCUGUUGCAUCAUCAAAUUAAACUUGCUCAAUAUAAAGUGAUCAAAAGUUCAAAACAAUUAUUUACAAAGUCUGAAACUGUUUUUUAUCAGUUAAAAAAAAAGAGUUGAAGGAGGUUUUGAGUCGUUCCAUCUCGCUCGCACUUUUAAAAAGCUGUUGCGAGACAACAUUUUACUUCUCAUUCUCCGUUCGUUCAGUUGUUUGAUGGGAAAAAGUAUCGCGAAGAAGAAUGGAAUCUGAAAUUAAGAAUUACGACAUUGGUGAAUCAUCGAGAAAUUACCAUCAAAACAUGCAGAUGAUUAAUCGAAAGCACGGAUUCCACAAUGAUGACGACGAUUUAGGACCGUUGCCACCAAAUUGGGAGAAAGCUUAUACUGAGAAUGGUGAAACGUAUUUUAUUGAUCAUUCGACUGGACAAUCACAUUGGUUGGAUCCAAGAUUGUCAAAGUUUCAGAAGAAAUCGUUGCAAGAUUGUGAAGACGACGAACUUCCUUAUGGUUGGGAGAAGAUUGUCGACCCUGAGUAUGGAAUUUACUUCAUUGAUCAUGUAAAUCGAAAAACACAAUACGAGAAUCCUGUGAUACAAGCAAAACGAGAACUUGAGAUGACUAAACGAUUAGAAGCUGCCACAAACUUUAUGCCUGACAAUGUUGAUUCACCAUUAGAGCCGAAAAGCUUUUUCACAAAAAAUCCUUCAGAUUUACUUGGCGAACGAAUUCAAACGACUUUAGUGAAGUCACAACGCGGACUCGGCUUUACAAUUGUUGGCGGUGAUUGCAGUGAUGAUGAGAAUAUUGAAGAGUUCCUUCAAAUUAAAUCAAUUGUUCCAAACUCACCAGCAUCAGCUGAUGGAAAACUUCAAACCGGAGACAUUCUCGUAUUUGUGAAUCAUAUUUGUGUACUUGGCUUUACACAUCAUGAAAUGGUGAACAUUUUCCAAUCGAUAAUGGCAGGUGAAGAAGUUCAUCUUGAUGUUUGUCGUGGAUAUAAGUUACCCUUCGAUCCAGCUGAUCCAAACACAGAAAUUGUCACAACAAUCGCCGUGAAUGGCUUAAACGAUGAAGUUGAGAAAAAUCGUUUGUUUCUUGAUCUUUCUCAUGACAAUUACAAUUUUCUCGAAUUAUCAAACGACCAAGGAAUGUCGACUAAGAACAGCUUUGAGAUUCCUGAAAUUCACGACAUAAUCAUUGUGAAAGGUGAUCAAGGAUUUGGAUUUACAAUCGCUGAAAGUAAUUUGUGGGGUCAGAAAGUGAAAAAGAUUCUCGAUCGGCAAUGUUGUAAAAAUCUCCAAGAAGGCGACAUUCUGUUGAGCAUUAACAACAUAAACAUAAAGAACUUGAGUCAUGGUGAUGUCGUGCAAGUAUUGAAAGAAUGUCCGAAGAAUCAAGAAACAAUUCUUCGUGUUCAACGCGGUUUAAUUCGAAGUAGUUUGAAUAAGUUCAAUGGGAAGGCAAGAAAUGGAAGCAAAGUCGAGCAGAAGCCGUCAGGAAGCAAUGGAAAGCCAUUUUUGAACGGUCUCUUUCGUAGUAAGACGCCAACCGCUGAUCUUUACAGCACACAACCGAAGGAAAUUCUUCCAAUUCGACCAAAGACGCCACUCGUUGAUUCACGUGCACGCGUUCAAAUGAAAACACCAAUCGAGGAUUUAAACACCGAAGAUAUUGAACUUGACAGUAAACUCACCGAAUUGAAUGACGACAACAAAUCAACAAUUUCAACAGCGACAACAGCUUACGACACAACGAAAUUACUCACCGAACAAUUCGAUAAUUUCGCUAUAAAUGAUCAACGCAGUGACACCUACACAACAACCGAUUCGAUUACAUCGAAGACAAGUGGACGAAAUCGUUUCUUCAGUCCGCUUGACAUCAAAAAUGGUAAUCUCGUGGUUGAUAAUGGUGCCGAUUACUAUUAUGGAAAUUCAAGUAAUUCUGUUUAUUCACUGCCACCUCCGCCAUCAAUUCCAACAUCACAACAGACAAGAUACAUUCAACCAAUUCAACCACCGCCAUCGUCACAACAACAACAGAAUUUGUCAUCAACAAUUCCAUAUCAACAUCAACCACAUGACAGUUGCUUUUGUUAUGAUUGUCAAGACUAUCGUGUGAAAAUGACGCAACAAAACGACUAUCAAAGUGCACCACCAUCAAAUAAUAAUUCUGAUUACAGCACGCUUCAAUCGCGAUUUAAUUUGCCACCACAGAUGAGUGAUAAUGUUGGAAAAAGAAUUAAUGACUACUUGAUGGAUCGAAAACGUAAUGCUGGAGGUGAAUUUUAUAAUGGAAACUUUAAUAACGGCUACAACUCAUUUCGAUCGAAUGGUAAUGGUGUGAUGACUGUUAAUGGAAUGGAUUCUGAAUAUUAUUACGUUGAAGUGACACUUGAACGACAAGCUUUGGGCUUUGGUUUUCGUAUUGUUGGUGGAACUGAAGAAGGAUCGCAAGUUUGUGUUGGUUACAUUGUGAAAGAUGGUGCAGCUGAUCGUGAUCCUCGUAUUCAAACAGGCGACGAAAUUAUCAACAUUAAUGGAGUUAAUGUCGAAUGUGCGUCACAUCAUCUUGUUGUGAAGUUGAUGAGUGAAGCAGCUUUAUGUGGUCAAGUUACGAUGCUAUUAAGAAAGAGAAAAGUUCGUGGUGGCGUUAAUUUUUAUCGUCCACAAACAUCGAACACAACAUUUGAAACAGCGCCGAUGCCAAACACUUAUGAUGUCAUUAUCAAUCGACAAGAGCAUGAAGGUUUUGGUUUUGUUAUAAUUUCGUCAUCAAAUCAAAUGACGGGAUCAACAAUUGGAAAAAUUAUUCCGAAUAGUCCAGCAGAUACCAAUCAAUUGAAGAUUGGCGAUCGAAUUAUUCGUGUGAAUGACAUCGACAUUUCAAAUUUGUCGCAUGGCGAUGUCGUGAAGAUCAUCAAAGAUUCCGGUCUGACUGUUCAGUUGACUGUCAGCAACUCAAUUCCGAAUCCUGAUCCAAGUCAAUUCAUCAGUGAUGCGCCUUUUAAUACAAACAUCAAUACCAAUGAUGAACGUCAUUUAGGAUGUUACUUAGGACUUGCAUGCUUUAAUUGUCUACUGACGGGAGACUCAAUUAUGUUAAACUAGAUAAUCAAAAAAUAUUCAUUUAGAUACAUAUUCACACAUACACCCACGCAAUAUAUAUUUUUUUAUUUUAAAUUUAAUUUCCUUUACAUUUGUUAAGAAAUUUACCAAAGUACUUAAAGCAAUUUUCAUAUCGACAAUUAAUUUACUUAAUUAUGUAAGAGUUGAGAAGAUUUGCUGCAUUUCCGAAAAGAUUUUGUCAUAAUUUAACUUCCACUACGGCUCUUACUUAUUUACAUUAUUAUUCUACAUAUUAAAUGCUUAAUGAUUGCCAAUCACUUUAUUAAUUUUUUAGUUUUUAAGUUGAAAUAUGUUUAAGUUAAAUGCUGAGCAUUUUAAUGCACAUCAAAAUUUAGAAAAAAAGUUUAAUGAUGAUGAAAUGUUAGUGCAAAAUAUUUAGAGAUUUAGGGAAAUAUUUACUAAAUAUAUACGAAGAAUGGUUAAUGAUGAUCGUUUUUGUAGCCUUAGUAACGACCAUAACAAUUAAUAAUUCUUAAGACUGACAUUUAUCGAUCCGAAAUUUCUGUUAAAAAUCUUGCAAUUAAUUUUUUUGCUUCUCGAAUUCUGAUAAAUUAAAUUAAUCAAAAAGUAUUCUUCACACAUUUCUCCCUCUCUUUACUUAUGUGGCUUAGUUUACUUUGUGAAUCUCUGCUCAAUGCAUGAAAAUGUUAACGUCUUAAUCAACGAUCGUUACUUCCUUCUCUCACUUUGUAAAUCGAUAUUAAAGAAUGUAAACCAGCUAUUUACUUAACUGAGAAAUUUUCUAUAAAAAAGCAGAUAUUAUGUAAGAAAUAAUUAAGUUAGCGACAUUUAAAAAAAUUAAAUAAAUAAAGAAAUCAAUGAAAGAAAAA